CAGCGAACGAGCUGUUCGGUGCUGUCUUCUUUCGUCUCAGUGAGUUCAGCCCGUAUAUACAGCUCAGCAAUUAUUACAUGGCGGACGUCAGACCAGGAAGGAGGAGUCCUCUUAGUCCCAGACGAGGGAAGAGACACUCCAAACACGUGCCACUGAGCAGAAGAAAGAGUCCUGAAAGCUCCAGGAGCAGGAGAGGAAAG